AUGACAAGAAUCGUCAACGAGCUUGGCCCGCCACCAUGGCUAACGUCAACCCUGGAAUCGACAGCCUCGAGGAAUGCCUGGUCAUAUGCUCCUGUAGGCAUGACGAAGGGCAUUUACGACGCCAUCGCCUCUCGCUCGGAUUACUACCCACCGGAAGCAGUUACGGAGCCCGUGAACGGUGUAUGGGCACUUGAAGCUCGGGAUCGUCAUUUCACCAUGAUGAACGGACUUCAUCGAGCCAACGCUGCAGCAUCCCUUCACAGCGGCUCCAGCUCUCGUGACGGCACUACCGCCGGCACGCCUGAGAACGCGAAUAUCCCUGAGAAUGGAAAUCGCACAAGCUCAAACAAUUCCAACAUUGCUCCGGACAACCCUACCGCUAACCACAAUCACCCACCGGAAUUAAACCACUCAGAUGAUGCAUCAGCUAUCGACGGCAACAGCACCAGGAAUCGAAGCCCAGUUAAUGGAAUAUCUCAGAUGGACGGACGCCGCUCUCCUGAAGGUUAUCACAAUCCCGACAACGACACCCCCCUUGAUGAUUCGAAUCAGACCCGCGACGAGCCCCCAACGCCGCCGUGGGUAAAUCUCAGAGCUAGUCAUCCAUUCAUCCCUGUUGGUGGUCUCAGAUUGCCGAAUCAUUGGCCGAAUGGCCCCGAUUUCAUUAUGCAGGGCCAUGCUCCAUCUGACAGAGCGGCCAGAUGCAGGCAGGUGGAGAUGAAACAGCCCUAUUGUUUUGGGCAAUGGUACGAACGGGAAGGCCCAAUCAUCUUUGCGGUGUUACCAGCGAUAAGCUGUAAUUUCGUCCGUUGCUGCGAUGGCCGCUACAGGUCGCAGCACGGGGAGGUAUUGGAGGAUGUUCUUCUAUUCCCGGAAGUAGCAGGAGACGGCCACGAGGAUCAGGAGGUAAAUGGAAAUGGGGUAGUACAUCACUGA